AUGGAAUUGCCCACCGAACCACCGUCGAUAUACAUGGCCAUCACAGGCGUCAUACAGCCCGGCGGCGAAUGCUCCCUGUCCAUCCUGAGGCUCUACAUCCACCCCACGCAAGAGAUACACUUGAUCGACGCCCAGGUCCUCGACGAAGAGUGCUUCUCAGCGCCAGGCAAAAGCGGCAACACGCUCAGAGACAUCCUCGAGUCCUUCCGCAUCCCCAAGGUCUUCUUCGACGUCCGCGACCACUCGCACAUCCUGUUCCGCCGCUUCUCCAUCAGCCUCCAAUUCGUCCUCGACCUGCAGCUCAUGGAGCUCGCAACGUGCUACAACGCGUCGAGGCGAUUCGUCAAGGACUGGAAGACGUGCAUCCAAAAGGACGCGGGGUUUUCUGCUGCUUCCGAGAAGAUUCGGAAGAGGCUCGCCGGGGAGGGCAGGAUCUCGACUGUGCUCGCGAAUCGGCCCCUGACAGAAGAGGUGCAGGGCUAUCUCGCGCGGGAUCUGGACACGUUGCCUCGCCUGUGGGCAUGCUACGACGGCAAGAUGACCAUGAUGUGGAAGAGCAGGGUGGUGGAGGCUUCGGCGGAAAGGGUCGAUCUCUCGCAGUCGCCGUUUUAUCUCGAGGCGAGAAAUACCAAGGAUUUGGGGCCUCCUUGUUGGAGGUUUCUGUGA